UGGAGGACCCCGCGCCUAGAGCGGCCCUUUCUACGCUCCCCGCGCACCUCCCGACUUCCGCUCAGUGACCGCAGAAGGGCGGGGUUAAGGCAGGAAGUGGGCGUGGUUAGGGCAGGAAGUAGGCGUGGAUAGGGCAGGAAGUGGGCGUGGCCACGGGGCGGAAGUGGGCUUUGACGCCGCCAUGCGGGACCGGACGCGGGAACUCCUCCAGGACUACGUCCCCAGCGAUGAGGAGGGGGAGGAGACGGUGGCGUUGGUGGGGCUGAAGCCGCCCCGCGAGGAUGAGACGCUGCUGCAGGCGCGGGCGGUGCGGGCGGCGCUGCGGGCGCUGGAGCAGAAGCUGGCGGAGCUGGAGCAGCUGCAGGAGGCGCUGCUGGGAAACGCGCUGCCCGACCCCGGGCAGAAGCGGGCGCUGCAGGAGCAGCGGGACGAGAUCCAGCGCCUGGCCAACGACACCCGCACCCGCCUCAAAG